UCGCGUCGUGAUUCAACGUACAGUGUAGUUUAAAUCUUGAAGAGUGUAGUAGUUCCUUAUGAAAUAAAAAUGCUUUAUUUAAUACUUUUGUUAGUAAUUAUCUUAUUCUUGUAUGGUACGAGAACUUUUGGUUAUUGGAAGAAACGUGGUAUAAAAAAUGAUAAUCCGUUACCUUACUUUGGUAAUAAUUUAAGAAACUUUAUGCAAAAAAGCAGCAUUGCUAUGAUGGCAACGGAACUAUAUCGAAAAUAUCCAGAAGAAAGAGUUGUUGGAUUUUUUAGAGGUACUUCACCUGAGCUUGUAAUAAGAGAUCCCGAUUUAGUGAAAAGAAUAUUAGUUACUGACUUCCAGCACUUUUAUGCCAGAGGAUUUAAUACACAUAAAACUGUGAUCGAACCUUUAAUGAAAAAUUUGUUUUUCGCCGAUGGAGAUUUGUGGCGUUUAAUAAGACAGCGGUUUGGUUCAGCUUUUAGUACAGGUAAAAUAAAAGCGAUGUUUCCUUUCAUAACUGCGAGGGCAGAAAAGCUUCAAUUAUUAGCAGAGGAGGUUGUAGAUUUGGAAUAUUACGAUAUUAGAGAGCUAAUGGCAAGAUAUACUACAGAUUUUAUUGGAGCGUGUGGUUUUGGUAUAAAUAUGGAUUCUUUGAAUAACGAAAAUUCUGAAUUCAGAAGACUUGGAAAAAGAAUAUUCCAUAGAACACCCAGAGAUGCCGUUGCAGCAGCUUUGAAGUUUAUAUUCCCAGAACUAUGCAAAAAUAUACACUUUUUAGCACCAGAAUUAGAGCAAUCAGUAAGUGGAUUAGUGCAACAAGUUUUGCAAGCGCGAAACUAUACUCCGUGUGGUAAUAAUGAUUUUAUAGAUUUACUAUUGGAAUUAAAGGAGAAAGGAAAUAUUUCUGUUGAAUCUUUAGAACAUAAAGAGAAAAAUGGUGAAGCGAAGUUAGUUGAGCUAAAACUUGAUGAUUUAUUACUUACUGCACAAAUUUUUGUAUUUUUUGGUGCCGGUUUUGAAACAUCUUCAACAACAUCAAGUUUUACACUACACCAGCUCGCGUUUAACUCAGAUCAUCAAAAAAAAGUGCAGGAAGAAAUCGAUAGGGUUCUACUUAAACAUAAUAAUAAAAUCACAUAUGAGUCUAUAAACGAAAUGCAUUACCUGGAAAAGGCGUUUUACGAAGCAAUGAGGCUGUAUCCUUCUGUUGGAUUUCUGAUGCGAAAAUGUACUACACAAAACUACACAUUUCCUGAAAUAGGUCUGACUAUAGACGAAGAUGUGAAAGUCAUAAUUCCACUGCAAGCUUUUCAUAGAGAUGAGAAAUAUUUUUAUGAACCAAAUGUCUACAAUCCUGACAGAUUCACUUGUGCUCAAGAUAUGAAAACUAAUUAUUUCCUGCCUUUCGGAGAAGGGCCACGAGCUUGCAUUGCUGCAAGAUUAGGAAGAGUCUUAGCUAUGGCCGGCGUAGCUGCUGUUCUUCAAAAGUUUAAUGUAGAGCCCUGCGAGAUAAGCAAGCUGGAACCAAUACCGGAUCCCAUGGCAGUGGUUUCUGAAGGUUUCAUUGGUGGAUUACCACUUAAACUGAGAAGAAGAGAAUUGGUGCCGUAACCGUCAUCAGUAUAUUUUAAAAAGCUGGACCUGAAUUUUAUGUGGUUUUUCACACACUUUGUUCUGCCAGUGUCCAGCUAGUGUUCAGCAGUGGAUUGUUGGAAACCCGUCCAUCGGUUCUUCGAGCUAUUGAUGGUUGAUAAAUCCUUCUUAGCCUAGUUAUUUUAUCUAGCAUUAGUAUUAGCUGUGAUAUUUUUAAUGAGUUUGACGGCCGAGUGGCGCA